CAUACGUCAUCAUCCUGCGCCGACGCGUCACUGGCAAUGGGGGACGCGAAUGCGGUGAAAGUUGCUUUAAUUGCGGUGGUAUUCCCGGACAAGCAGUCCAUUUAAAAAUCAAAAAUAUAAUAAAUAUGCUCACUGUUGUUUAGUUUGUGGUUACGUCGACUUUGUGUCAUAUUAUUAAAAAAAAAACGCUGCUUGAGAACUUUAUUGUGCGACUUGGCUGCUGCGCACGUGGGACACAUUCAGCAUGGACUCCAGCCAAAGAAAACGUGGUAAAAUGGCUGCAGUGCUGGUGGAUGAGGAUGAAGAGGAGCUUUCUCCUGAUGAGGAGAACAUGAUCAGUGCCAGUGAGGACGAGGAGGACAGCGAUGAUGACAGGAAACACACUAAACUCCUGGAGGCCAUCAGCUCUUUGGGAGGGAAGAGAAGGAGGAUGCAGGCGGAGAGAUCGGAGGCCAGUCUGCAGAUCUCGGAGUUCUCGGUGAACGCAGAUGGAGCGGGAGAGAAGGUUGAGCUCUCGGACCUGCUGGGUUCCGUGGAGAAAACACCUGGAGCGCCGAACAAGACCAAGAAGCAGCUGAAGAACCUGCAGAACUUGAAAGAGACGCUGGAGCUCCCGCUGAGCCGCCAGCAGACUGAGAAGAUCCAGAGGAGCGUGGCGUACGAGCGCAGCAGUAAGGAGGUGUCCCGUUGGGAGAGUGUCAUCACACAGAACCAGAAGGCCGAGCAGAUCAUCUUCCCUCUUAAACAGGAAACAGCCGGACCCAAACGUGUGGAGCAGGUGGUGGCCGGCUGGAAGGCUCAGACUCCUCUGGAGCAGCAGAUCUUCAGUCUGCUACACAGUAAUCAUCAGCCGAUCACUGACCCCGUGUUGACCCCUAUGGAGGAGGCGUCUAUCAGGGCCAUGAGUUUGGAGGACGCGAAGAUCCGGCGUGCUGAGCUGCAGAAGGCACGAGUGCUGCAGUCUUACUACGAGGCUAAAGCUCGGAGAGAGAAAAAGAUCAAAAGCAAGAAGUAUCAUAAGGUACAGAAGAAGGCUAAGCGUAAGGAGUUCCUGAAGCAGUUUGAUGAGAUGAUGAAGGCGGAUCCGGCUGCGGCGCUGGAGGAGUUGAAGAAGAUGGAGCUGUCCCGGAUGGAGGAGAGGAUGUCUCUCAAACACCAGAACAGCGGCAAAUGGGCCAAGACCAAAGCUAUCAUGGCCAAAUACGACGACUCGGCCCGUAAGGCCAUGCAGCAGCAGCUGGAGCUGAACAAGGAGCUGACUCAGAAGCUCGUCGUGCCGUCGGACGACGAUGACGAGGGAAACGACGGCGACGGGGCGAGCGCACUCCCCGAUUUCGUGAACGAGCCCGAGUCAGCAGACGGCUCCGUGAACCCCUGGAUGAGAGGCAAACUGAGCAGCGAGGGUCACGAGGUCACGGCGGAUCCUGACGCCACGACUGCAGAGGAACCGGCAAGCAGCCAGCGACAGGAAGAGGAGCAGGACCAGGAGGACCAGGAGGAGGAAGAGGAGGAGAACGAGGAAGAGCAGCUGCUGAGACACUUCGAGACGAAGCGGAAGCUGAGACAAGACGAGGAAGACGAUCUGGUUCCUGUCGCACAGGAGAAGGAAGACGGAGCGCAGGAGGACGCGGGGGAAACGGCGAGAGACGUACAGGAAGAGGAAAAGGUGAAGGAGGAAGAGGAAGAAGAAGAAGAGGAGGAGGAAGAAGAAGAAGAGCAAGAAGAGGUCGUGUCUGAAUUCAACGCUCUGUUUAACAGGCUGAUGAAGCGCACUCGCACGCCCACUGAGCCGCCGCCGCCGCCGCCGGGCAAAGGCAGCCGGCCGCAAGAGGCGGAGCUUGCACACGAGGAGGAGGGGCUUCUGGACGAGGGGCUGGUCCGUGCUCGCACCAUGGAGGACCUGGAGGCUCUGGUGCAUGAUGGGAUUGUGGAAGAGACGGCGGUGUCUGUUUCACACGCUGCCAGUGUGGACACGGCGUCUGAGCCGCACAGCAAGAAGAAGAAGAAAGAAAUCGACCCGAGCGAAGUGCUCACUAAAGACGCCAACGUGAUUAAAGUGCCGCUGGCGCCGACGCUGGUGGAGGGAGACGAAGGAGAGGAAGAGGAGGGCCCGUCGGCGCAGAUGUCCAUCAUUAAGGAGGCCUUCGCGGGAGACGACGUCAUCUCCGACUUCCUGAAGGACAAAAAGAAACAGGAAGAGGCGGGGCAACCCAAAGUGGUGGACCUGACCCUGCCCGGGUGGGGGGACUGGGGCGGAGUCGGGCUCAAGCCCUCCCGAUACAAACGCAGGAAGUUUCGGCUGAAGCCUCCUCCUGCUGCCCCGAGAAAAGACCAGAAGCUUCCUGCAGUGAUCAUUUCUGAGAAGAGGAACUCGUCCAUCGCAUUCCAUCAGGUGAGCCAGUUGCCGUUCCCGUUCCAGGACAGCACUCAGUUUGAGACGUGUAUCCGUUCUCCCGUGGGUCAGACGUGGAACACGCAGAACACGGUGAAGAAACUCACCGCGCCCAAAGUGGUGACCAAACUGGGCUCCAUCAUCGAGCCGCUGAAGAAAGAGGACUUACUGCCGGGGGAGAAGAGCGCCGGAGCGCUGAAGAAGCGGCCGCAGAUCGUCCUGGAGGAGAAGGGCGGGGACGCGGGGAAGCGAGGGGGCGGAGCCAGGAGAGCUCAGCAACAGAAGAAGAAGAAGAAGAAGAACAAAUAGAAGAAGAAAAGAGGAGUGACUUUAAUCAGGAUGAUUGCAUGACCUUUGGACUCAAAUCGUCUUGAAUAGAGACGAUGAUUAAUGAGUGACUUUAGACUUGAUAAAGGAGAGAGCUAGAAGCUAAAGUGGACUGAUGUAAUGAAAUAAGUCUUAUGAAAUACACUUGUUGAAAAUAUA